AUGAUGAUGACAGAAAAAUAUUAUACAUUACCAAGUUCAUCAUCGUCAUCAUCAUCAACAUCACCAUUUUGUUAUUCAACUAUAUAUCAUUCAUCAAGAACAAAUCGUGUUCAUGAAAUUAAAAAUCGUUUAAAUUUUCAAAAGAAAACAUCAACGAUCUAUCAACAGACUCCGAUGAAACUAUUAUUCGAUUCUCAACCAACUGUUCGAACACAUUCAUUGUAUGAUGUGCAAGAACGUAUUGAUUAUUUCGAGAAUAGAAAUCAUCUCGAUGAUGCAGAAAAGAAAACACAAGAUAAAGUCCUUUUAAAUUCGUCAUCAGCUGAAACAUUACAAUCAGUGAUUGCAAAUACAUUACAACAAACAUUUAGUAAAGGUGAAUCCUACGGGAGUGCACUAUCACGUACAAUGAUGAAUUCAUCGGCUAAUGAGCAUUUAAUCAACAAACGUCGAAGUCUUUCCAGUGGAAAUAUUUUCGGAUCAAACGAUCAGAAGCGAUUUAAUCGUUAUAGCUCAUCGCUAUCAAAACGUGUACGCACAAGUUCAUUAUCGAAUCAUUUGACCAUGGCUAUAACAGCAAUAACAAGUUUUUCGGAAGAACAACCAACCGAACCACACGAGACGAAUAGUAUGGAUUUUGAGAACACAUACUUCUAUCCCGAAGAAAUCACACGAAUAGAUGAUGGAUUAUCUUUAACAACAAUAACCUCGAAUAUUCCAGCGCGAUUAACACAUCAACAACAUGAUGUUAGCGUUUGUUCAGAUACAACUGUUUUUCAAUCCGAUACCGAAGAUAAUUCGGAAGCCAUAACACCAGCGGUUAAAGAUUAUGGCGACACAUAUGAUAUCAUUAUGCCAAUCGACUCGCACAAUGAAAAUCCGACAACUAAUGAUGAUGAUCAGAUUAUUCGAAUACGGCUUAGUUUAACACCACCUGAACCUGAUUUUUCCGGCGUUGUACAUGCAACAAAAUACACCAUUGUCAAAGGAAAAGAUUGCUUAUCCGAUUAUGACAACGUUAAUCAUCCUCCUGAGCCAAACAAGACGAUAAGGUCGAAUGUAGACGAUGUCUCAUUAAAUAAAUCGAUGACAUCGUCUAUUCAGCAUGAUCAACAAAAUCAACAAGAGAAUCAACGAACAAAUGAUAACAUUAAUGAUCAGAAUAGAGUAAACCAACAAGCAAUUGUUCAUUCAACUCAAAUGAUUAACUGUAUUGAAGCAAUGACACAACAUGACAAUGAUGACAAUGAUGAUGGACAUUAUUCAGAUGAAUCAAAUUAUUCUGAUGAUCCACGGUAA